AUGCAUAAUCCCUUUCCACACAGCAUGAUUGAGUUGCCAGCUGACAGCAAGACUUGCAUGGCUUCUUCAUCACCUAGCUCCAACUACGAUACAGACCACAGUGCAUUGUCUCCAAAUGACGAAUCUAUGGAGGCAGUAGACUUGGAAAAUGGCCCAGCCUUUGGAAGCUGUCGGGAUGUCCACCGGAAGGAUGUUUCAAUAACAUGGGAGAACCUUGGGGUGACAGUUUCAGAUAGGAAACAUGGGUGCAGAUCCAUUCUUCAAGGACUCACCGGCUAUGCUCGGCCUGGGGAGGCCUAUGUGACGCAAGACGAUGUUAUAACAUGGACACUAACUGUAAGAGAAGCUGUCUUCUACUCAGCUCAACUCCAACUACCCAAUUCAAUGUCAUUAAGCAAGAAAAAAGAGCGAGCAGAGACGACAAUAAAAGAGAUGGGGUUACAAGACUCAAUGGACACAAGAAUAGGAGGAUGGAGCAACAAAGGCCUAAGUAGUGGGCAGAAGAGGAGAGUGAGCAUUUGCAUAGAGAUUUUAACUCGGCCGAAGCUUCUUUUCCUCGACGAGCCAACAAGUGGACUUGACAGUGCUGCAUCAUAUUAUGUCAUGAAACGAAUGGUAGAUCUUGCCAAGCAGGACAGAAUGACAAUUAUUGCAUCCAUUCAUCAACCUAGCAGUCAAGUCUUUCAGCUCUUUCACAAUCUAUGCCUUCUUUCUUCAGGAAGAACAAUAUACUUUGGUCGCUCUGAUAGAGCUAAUAAGUUUUUUAAAUUGAACGGUUUCCCUUGCCCGAGUCACCAAAACCCAUCUGAUCAUUACCUACACACAAUCAACACAGACUUUGAUGAGGACAUGGAUCAAGGUUUCCAUGCAAAGAAAACCACCGAGGAAGCAAUCAAUUUUCUUGUAAGAUCUUAUAAAUCAUCACAUACUUGCCAGCAAAUCCAAAGACAUGUAGCAGAAAUAUGUAGCUUGGACAGAGAAGAACUAAAGAAGGGCGGCCAGGCUAACUUCAUUUCCCAGUGCCUUAUUCUCACAAGAAGGUCUUUUGUGAACAUGUAUCGAGAUCUAGGCUACUACUGGCUCCGUCUGGCCAUUUAUAUUGCGUUAUGUUCAGGCUUAGGAUCCGUUUUCUAUGACAUAGGCUCUGGUUACAGCUCGAUACAGGCAAGAGGUUCACUGCUUAUGUUCACUGCUUCCUUCUUGACAAUUAUGGCUAUUGGGGGUUUCCCUUCAUUUGUGGAGGAUAUGAAGGUUUUUCAACGGGAAAGAUUAAACGGACAUUAUCGGUCGGCUGCAUUUGUUGUCAGCAACACAGUUUCUUCAACACCCUUCUUGCUUGUAAUAUCUUUGAUUCCCGGAGCAAUAACUUACUACCUUGUUGGCCUCCAACAAGGUUUCGCACAGUUCAUCUACUUUUCCUUGACACUCCUUGCUUGUAUGAUGCUGGUGGAAAGCCUAAUGCUGAUUGUUGCAAGCAUCAUGCCAAAUUUCCUGAUGGGUCUAAUAACAGGAGCAGGGAUCCAAGGGUUAAUGAUACUAAGUGGCGGUUUCUUUCGGCUGCCGCAUGAUCUUCCCUUAGUUUUCUGGAGAUAUCCGUUAUACUACAUUGCUUUCCAUAGAUAUGCGUACCAGGGGCUCUUUAAAAACGAGUUUGAAGGACUGGCAUUUCCUAAUGGUCAAGAACUGCAAGGAGGAGGGCCUGCUUACAUCAAAGGUGAAGAAAUUUUGAGAAUUAUAUGGCAGGUGGAAAUGCGUUACUCGAAGUGGAUGGAUCUUGCCAUGUUAUUUGCAAUGGUAGCUUUCUAUCGGCUCAUGUUGUUAAUUGUACUUGGAACAAUUGAAAAGUUUAAGCCUAUAAUUAGAGAAAUGAAGUUUGUUUUUCUUAGUAAAACAAAAAAAAAUAUUAGUUGA